GGAGCGCACCCCCACAAAAGAAAAAUGAAACAAAACGGCAGUACAAGAUGGCGACGUUUGGGUGUUAUGGCUGUUGUUGAAUUUAUUUUUACGUCCGGGGUGAAACUACCAACAAAUUAUUCACUUAACUAUAUUUUUAUUUUAUUCCAAGUGGAUGCAUAAGUGUAUAUAAUUUUUGUGAAUGAAACAAAAAAAGAGAGACGGAGUAACAAUGCGAGAUUAUCGUUAAUGUACCUAACCAUAUAUACGUGUGGAUGGAUGUACAUAUAUAAAUGUAUAAAUUUAUAGGAAUAUUCGGGAAAAGAGAGGGAUAAGAGCGAAUAAGAGAGUGAGAGAGAGGGCGAUUUAAAGAGAGCGAGAGAAGGGGCGAGAAAAAAACCGGAAGAGAUCGAAACCCAGUCGAUAACACUGGAGAAAGACGGUGGAGCUUCGGAGGAGGGGGAGAUGUCCGCUGGCACCCAGGGCGAGAUUCGGGUCGGUCCAUCGCACCAGGAAUUGGUUUCUUGUCAGGCCCGUUUGCCUGAUUACCGGCCUGGUGUGCCAUCAGCAGACUUACCACCAGAUCCAGAGUUCACUAAACAAAGAGAAGAAUUAAGAUGGAUCCCAGCGAUGUCACUGGACGGCGACCUGCUCAUGUACUUAAGAGCAGCACGUUCAAUGGCCGCGUUUGCUGGUAUGUGUGAUGGAGGUUCACCAGAUGAUGGUUGCGUCGCAGCAUCCCGAGACGACACGACUAUCAACGCACUUGAUAUACUCCACGACUCUGGAUAUGAUCCAGGACGAGCACUUCAAGCUCUUGUCAAAUGUCCAGUGCCCAAAGGCAUCGAUAAAAAAUGGUCCGAGGAAGAAACUAAACGAUUUGUCAAAGGUCUCCGUCAAUUUGGAAAAAAUUUUUCACGUAUACGUAAAGAUUUAUUACCCCACAAAGAUACACCAGAAUUGGUUGAAUAUUAUUAUUUAUGGAAAAAGACACCAGGUGCAAACAAUAAUCGUCCCCAUAGACGUCGACGUCAAGGUUCAUUACGACGUAUACGAAAUACACGUAACUCACGUGCGGGUACUCCCAAAGAGGAGACACCCACUGUUCAAACUAAAGAAAAUAAUACACCAGCAAACACGACGAGUGCUAAGGAAGCAACUACCGAGCCAGAAACACCGUCUGUCGGUGCUUCGGCAAGUAGUAACAAUAAUAAUAGUACAAGUACUAAUAAUAACAAUAACAAUAAUAACAAUAACAAUCCGGGCGGUGAAGUUAGUUCUGUGACAGAGGACGAUAAUUCUGAAGAAGACAGUGAUUCACGUGAUACAAAUACCAACGGUUCAGCAUUUGAACGUUCUUGUCAGCAUUGUUUUUCGACAACAUCUAAAGAUUAUCAGAUUGCUGGUAAAGAUAGAUUAUUACUUUGUUUGGAAUGUCGAUCGUACUUGAAAAAAACAGGGGAACUACCUCCACCGCCGCCUUAUCUAUUUCGACCCGUUCCCGCGGAGUCACCGGACAGUCCCGGUAGAAUGCGGACACGUAAUAAAGCUAAAGAAACUCCACGUCCAGCACGGCCACGCAGAACUGGGGGUACUGAUACUCCAGAUCAAGAGAAACAGCAGCAACAACAAAAUCAACAACAGACACCAGACAAGAAAAAGAAGUCGAAUAAAUCUGAGACACCCAAGAAAACUCAAAAGAGGCCACAGAUUGACGAAAACGACGAAGAUAAAGAUCAACAGAAACGUAAACGUGCUGAAAGCCCAUCAGAAUCACUAACGACCGAUUCAAACUCGCUGAUGGAUGAACCAGAGCGCGAAAACGAAGUUGAUUCUAAUGAGAAUCAACCUUCCUCAAAUGUCCCGGUGGUUAAUGAAGAACCCAUUUCUCCUGAAGCAACACCUGAAGAACCCUCAGAACCUACCCCAGCAUCUACUCCUAUUCCUCCACCUGUUAUUGCAACCCUACCUAUUAAUGUUCCUGUUAUUCAUGUGCUAGAGAAAAAACCAGUUGUUGAGGAAUCACCGCUUGAGAUUAAAACAGAACCCGAAGACUUGGUUAAUCAGCAACAACAACAAGCACUACAACAACAACAACAACAACAACAACAGCAGCAGCAGCAAAUGCAACAACAGCAACAAAUGCAACAACAGCAACAAAUGCAACAACAGCAACAAAUGCAACAACAGCAACAAAUGCAACAACAACAACAACAACAACAACUGCAGCAACAGCAUCAUCAACAACAGCAGCAACCACAACAACAACAACCGCCUCAACAACAGCAACCACCAUUGCAACAGCCACUACCCCCACCACAGCAGCCACAACAACAACAACAACAACAACAACAACAACAACAACAACAACAGCAGCAGCAGCAGCAGCUACCACAACAACAGCAACAACAACAACAACCAAUGAUAAAUGACUUAAGUCAAAAUAUACCUCGAAAUUUAUCACAACCAAUGAGUAAUCCAUUAAUUAUUCCUCAAAAUAUACCUACAGCGUUGCCACCACCACCACCCAGUCAAUUACCACCUCAACCUCCUCAGGGUCUUCCUCUUAAUAUGCAAUACUCAGGUAGUAUACAAGCCGCUCAAACGGUACCACAAAAUCUAUCACAAAAUCUAUCGAUACCACAAAAUAUUCCACAACCAAUAGCUCAAAGCUUAGUGGCGUCGCGUGAUAUGAUUCAACCGUCAAUAACGAAUCAUGAACCACAGCCUUUGGCUCCGAGUAUACCUGUUCCGCCGUUGAAUUUAAAUAUACCACAGAAUUUAUCUCAAAUGUCGCAAAUGCCACCUUCACCGCAACCACUGGGUCUUACAGUAAUGCCCACUGAUAAUCGAAUUAACGAGCGACUUAACGACGAAAGAAUACCAGAGCGUAAAUUGUUCGAUCGUAUAGCUGACAGAAUACCCGAAAGAAUGGAAAAUAACGAUCAUCACCAUCAUCAUCCUCAUCAUCAUCAACAAGACCAUCAGGAUCGUCCGCCGCCAGAACCGGUUAAUCUUUUCCAGCCAAUUCAGCCCCCGCCGCCAAUGAUUAACGAGAAACCGCCAGCUAUCUACAGUCUUGCCACAACACCACCUAUGGAACCGCAGAACUUGAAAAUAAAACAAGAAAUCAUUCAUCCGGAACCUGAUCCUCUUCAGAGUUUAAAAGAGGUUAAAGUUCCCGGGUUCCAAGGUGGUUUUCCAGGCCCUAGCUUGGACAAUAUCAAAAAGGAUCCAGAUGCCAGUAAACCACCGACACCGAGUAAGCACUCGAGUCAGCCACCUUUGGCCCAACAGCAGCAACAGCCUCCUGUACCAAUACAACAGUCAAUAGCAGCAUCACCAACUCCACUACCUCCUCCCACGUCAAUUCCUCAGCCCGUAAUGCAUCCAAGUCAGCAACCGAGCCCUCACAUGGCCCAUCCAUUCCAUCCGCACCAUCCACUGAUGCAUCAUUCACUUUUUGCCGCAAUGCAUCCUUACCAUGCACACGCUUAUCCCGGGUACCCACCAGUUAGUGGGUACCCGUCUUUUCCACCUUAUCCAUACGGACCGCCAGUUCCUCAUGCCAUUCCACCGCCAUCGCCUCAGCGUAGCCAAGAAAGUACGACGAUGAUGACUGCUCAUCACUCCAGCUCGAGUUCCAGUGUGACAACAAGAGAAGAAGGUGAGAAUUUGAUAGCAACUCAUCAUCACUCCUCGUCGAGUCAUCAUCAAGCUGCAACGCUGCAUCACGACAAACUACUUAGUAUUUCAUCCCAUUCGUCGCACAGUCACUCGUCUUCGUCGCACAGCAGUUCACAGCACAAUAGUCAGCGUAAACAGCAGCAACCACCACCCCAGAUGGUACAGCAGCAGGGUUGUUUGACGCCCUCAAGCACGAUGCACCACCACCAUCGUGGACCUCCGUCUUCCGUGCCACAAAAUAUACAACAGCCGCCAAUUAUCGAGCCUAAAGUCGAGGAGAUGAUGGAACCAGAGCCAGAAGAGCCACCAAGUCCCCGGGGGCCUUCGCCUGAGCCACGCAUCGAAGAUUCCGAGUGUCAUCGGUCACAAUCCGCGAUAUUCUUACGUCACUGGAAUCGCGGUGAGAAUAACAGCUGUACGCGUACUGACCUUACCUUCAAACCAGUGCCUGAGACAAAAUUAGCUCGUAAGCGAGAGGAGCGCUCGCGCAAGCAGGCUGAACGCGAACGCGAGGAACGGGAUCGUGCGGCUCAACAAGCUCGGAAAAUGUCUACGCCGGAAAAACAGCCGGAGGUUUGCAAGCCUCCAAGCCGAGGACCAAUGGAACCUGUCGUUUCGCCCUACGACAGGUAUGCAGCGCAGCGUCCUACUGCCUACACAGACACUCCAGCUUUGAGACAAUUGUCGGAAUAUGCGCGUCCGCAUGCUGGUUACUCCCCGGCAAGACAUCCUGGACCUCCGGAGUCUUUGAUGCAUUAUAUGUACGCACCUGGUGCUAGGGAGAGACUCGAACUUGAACACAUGGAACGCGAAAAACGGGAACGAGAAUUGAGGGAAUUGAGAGAACGGGAUCUUAAUGAUAGAUUAAAAGAGGAGUUGAUGAAAGGAACGCCCAGGCCUAUGCCAGGAGGUGUUGAUCCUCAUUGGCUGGAAUUACACAGAAGAUACGGAGGUCUAGGACCUGGACCUUCUGGGCCACCUCAGAGUCUUCAGCAUCUUGGUUUUUAUGGUGCACCACCUGGUCCAAGUCAAUUAGACCGUGAACGGAUGGAAAGAUUAGGGAUUCCCACUGGAGCCGGCGGGGGGCCAGCGGGCGCAGGAGCCGGCCAUCCUGUUGCACAUCAUCAUGGCCAGCUUGACGAGCGACUGGCUCUAGCUGCCGAUCCGAUGAUCCGAUUACAGAUGGCUGGCAUCUCGCCCGAAUAUCAUGCUCACACUCACGCGCAUACUCACGCGCAUACCCACUUGCACCUACAUCCAGGACAACAGCAGGCCCAGCAACAAGCACAGCAACAACAGGAAGUGGCUGCCGCUGCCGCUGGAUACCCCCUGCCUGCGGUGGCUAAUGCUAAUUAUCCACGACCUGGGAUGAUGCAACGUGAUCCAACGCUUGGAUUACACCCGGCGGAGUUAUUAUCACGUCCUUAUGCCGACAUGGCGGCACAUGAACAAUUUCAACGUCACUUGAUGAUGGAACGGGAACGGUUUCCAGCUCAUGCAUCAAUAGUCGCUCAUCAUGAAGAAUAUUUAAGAGAUUCUUAUUAUAGACAACAACGUGAACGUGAAUUAAAAGUUCGUGCAUUAGAAGAAGCUGCUCGUGGAUCACGACAAUGAAAUAAUUAAUAAUUAUUUUAGUUAAAAUAUAUUUAUAUAUACAACAAUUUAAAUAAUUUAUAUUAUUAUAAUUAAUAAUGAAUGAUAG